CAGAGCCCACAUAAACAGUGUAGUAUGACCAAACAGGGUUAUAUUACCGCUAGCAACCAGUUCACACCGACACCUUUUAUAAUAUCUGCCUUGUCUUGUGAAGAAAGAAGACACAUCUGGACUACGCAGUUGAAAAACCGUCAAGGACAAGAAGUCUCCUCGAGUGAAAUAUGUGUUACGAGGGAACUAGUACGGAUUUUCCAAGUACGGACGAGUAUAGCAGCCGGCUAAGGAUUGUUAUACCGUUGUCUUAACCCGGAGCGCCCUACAGUAAACAAAAUACGUUUAGACGCUGAGCCAUGACGGGUACAGCAAGUCGAGGCCGCGGGAACUGGCUGACGUCAUUACGGGUCCAGAAGGCGUACCGACUCAACAACAACGAGAACGCACGGUUAAAUAACAGGUAUGGUGCUUUGGAAAAGGAACACAUCUACGCCCUGCGCGGCGUGAACCAAGAAAUACGUCUACUGCGCAUGCUCCUGAACAAAAUACAGGAGUCUAGUGGAAUAAGUCCAGAAGGUUGGAGACCAGAGGAUGACCACCGCGAAUCUCCGAGGAUCCGCACGCCUAGCAUGACCGAUACCCCGCUGUACAUGUACGGGGAUCGCGUGGGCUCCCGCCACGUGAAGAGAACCAACCGCGUCCCCAAGUCCAUGGGACGUCAGAUGAAGGGGAGACACGGAAGCACUGAUGGAGAGCCGGAUUCUCCCGACAUCCAAGAUGGCGACGAAAAGGACCCGGAUGAUGAAAUCCAAGAUGGCGAUCAUCAUCCUGUGGAAAGAGAUGAGACUCGGAAGGAGAGGCCAAGGUCAGUGCGUUUUGCAGGUGACAGAAAUAGAAACGGGACUCCGUCUGUUCACUCAACUAUCCGUGCGGCUACGUCAAAGCCUGCUUUAAAACAUGACACCAAGAAAACAAGUGAUGAUGAUAAAGAGGAAAAAAAUGGCCAGGGAGAAAAUCCAGACAGGGCGUUGGAAAGGAGGCCCUCAGAGAGGAGACUAGCGGACGAAAGACGUAAGUCUCUUUCAAGAGUUCCCAGUGUCCGACGAUUUACGCAAAGUGCAACGCCGGCGCAUGCUCGACACGGCCCGCCGGUUUUCACGCGUGUUCCCGCACAGCACAGGAGACCGGGGACGUCACCGGAGGGCCAACAGAAACACAGGCGGCGGAAAUCGGUCAAGUCCGACCGCUCUUCCGGAGACGAGUCCUCCCGCCCUUCCUCUCCAAUCCUCAGGCGGGAAAAGCUGGUGGUCAAGAUUUGGGACCGAGUUAACCCUCAUGACGCCAAGCAAGAAAUUCACAAGGAGGAAAUCGUGAAAGUGGGCUCAAAGGUGAACAACUUCUUGUCCAUGUUGGAAGACGAGUUCAAAAGGAACGCCGCGGACGAAGCUUUGAGGGAAAGGGAGAGGCUGCGACCGAAAUCAGCUUCUACAGUUUACUCUGAAGAUGGUUGGUGAUGCAGACACCCGUGGCACGUUUCGUUGACAUUCGAAAUGAGUGCACUUCAAACAUUUUCCGAUAGGCGGCGUUUGGAUAAGAAUGAGCAGAAGCCGUGACUCUUAUGGACUAUCAUAGGCAAUAGACUUCUAGUGUAAUAUCUUAGUAAUAUUGAAGUGUGGUCCUCAGGAAAAUACAGACUCUAUUUUCUAGAGCCAAUUUUACAUGUUUCUUAAGACAUUGCUUUUAUCUUAUCGAAGAAGUUAUUCUUAAGAUUUCUUUAAAGGUUAUUGCAAGCGGCUUAUUCUUACUUUAAAAAUGUUUUAUUUUGUAUCUAAAACAUUUGAAUGACAUUUUUCCAUGACAGAGAGCAUUUGAAAGUCAUACGUCAAACGUAUCUUAAGUUUGUGAAUGUACAGUUUCGUGUGGAAGCAAGACAGGGCGUGAAUUGGUGUGAAACUUAUGAAAGAUUAGGCUACAAUUUAAAAGAAUGUUACAAGAUAGCAGAGAAAAUGGCUAGCACUUUAUUACACCCAUGAAAAUAGUUCCUGGCUACAUAUAUGGAAGAGAGUUAUUUGGACGUCAUAUGAUUGCAUCAUAAAGUUUGAGAGCAAGCAUAACAUAUCAUGGGUUUUUCGUUCAGAGACAUUGUAAUUUGUUUAGUUUCAUUUCUAUUCGUAUCACUUUCUCAGGGUUGGACUUUAGAGACCGAUUUAUAUGUUUUGUGUGAUAUGAAUAUUCUUUUCGAUUUGCAGCAGUUAUUUUUAUCUAUAUAAUAUAGUAUAUAUAUGUAUGUAAACAAACAAGUUCUCACGAACUAAAACUUUGACGUGAUUAAAGAUAUUCUGUACAACUGUU